UCAUAAUAUACGUACUUCUUUUAGAUUUAAAUUUCUGUAUUCAAUCGCUCUCCUUCUUCCAACCAUCUUCCUAAAUGUCAAACUAGUGCAUACUAUCUUUAUAUUAUUCUAUGAGAUGAGAUGAAGAUGAUGAUUAUUAAUUCGAAAAUUAAACUUAAACUAUUCUCCAUAAGGUAAUGACCAUGAUGUAAUAAAGAAAGAAAGAAACUCCCAUUUCCAUCUUUCUUAUUCUGAUCAGAGGUAAAGAAGAUUCAGAACUUGCCUGAAUUAAGGCAAUGGACAGACUGGUUAAAGCAGAUGUGAAGGAGGUGAACAUGGUGUUUACCAGAGGUCAGAAGUGUUCUACAACCUUCAGAUUAACCAAUCUCAUGCACACCAUGUCCGUUGCUGUCUCUCUCAACACUACAAACCCAUCGCUCCUCUCCUUCAUCCAUCAGUUCUCCAUCAUUCCUCCUCUCGGCACCGCUUCUUUCACUCUCAUCCUGUCUAAACCGUCCGAUCAUCCGCCGCUCUCAACCCCACCGGACAACGUUCUUGUCCGGUCAUCCAUGCUGCCGACCGGAAAAGCCAACCAGGAAGAUCUCAGGAGACUGUUCUCCAAACAUGGCCCGCAUAUCUUUAAGGACGUCACGAUUCCGAUCUCCUUUGUUGGGACUCACGUAAUCGAACACCUGAUCUCAUCUUCCUCUUCCAAAACCCUAGAAAUCGCAUUUACUUUAUCAAAAGCCAUUUCGUUGUGCGAAGAGUCACAGCUCACUUGUUUACUGAGAUCCGCUGCUAUGAACGGGAACUCCUACGUUGUGUCCUCUCUGCUCGACGCCGGAGCCGAUGUUAACAACCGGGAUUCUGAUGGUGUUUCCGUGAUGUCGCUGGCUGUCAGAUCUGGAGAUCUGGACACGGUUCGGAUUUUGAUGGAGUCUGGUUGUGUGAUUGAUCAUCGAAACGACCGACUCUUGCACACUGCAGCUUCUUUAAACCGGGUGGAUUUAAUGGAAGUUUUGUGUAUGGGUUACUUAGAUAUCGAUGUGAAUUCGAUUGAUUCAGAAGGUCAAACACCUCUUCAUGUUGCUGCAUGUCAUGGCUAUAUUGAAGUACUUGAGUUCUUGAUUACUUUAGGAAGCGACCCCGAUUUAGCCGAUCACAACGGCUGGACUGCCCUCCAUUGCUGUUCUAUGGAAGGUCAUUCAGAAGCGGUUGAAUUCCUGCUAAACUGUAUCAGUUAUGUGAAAUAUGCGGUAACUAAAGAAGGAAAGACUGCAUUCGAUCUUGCAGUUGAAAACGAGCAUACAGAUCUUUACGAUAUGUUACAUUUGGGAGAUGUUUUACAUCGAUCAGCAAGAAAAGGAGAUGUGAAUGGAAUGAAGAAUUGUUUAGCAGAAGGUGCGAAGGUGAACGGAAGGGAUCAGAAUGGGUGGACGGCGUUGCAUAAAACGGCUUUUAAGGGUUGUUUUGAAGGGGUGAAGGUAUUGCUGAAUCAUGGUGGUCGGGUGGAUGUGGUGGAUGGUAGUGGGUACACGCCGCUUCAUAGGGCGGUGGAGGGAGGGCAUGUUCAGGUGGCGAUGCUGUUAAUCGGUCAUGGAGCAAAAGCUAGCAUGAAGUCUCUUUCGGUUCCUUUUGAUGAUUUAGAUUCCUUUAAGAAUUAUUCGCAAGAUAAAAAGAGCUUAUUAACAAGUAUGUAAUCUGAUGUAUAGUUUAUACUUUAUAGUCUUAAUAUUCACCGAAAUAGAUUACUUAUCAGAAACCAUUAGAUCUUUUCGACCCUUUUUUCGGGGAACUUGUAUAUUGCAAAGAUAUAUGAUCUAUAACUUUCUUAAAACAUUUCGAAAUUUAAUGCAACAUAACUUUUGAUACGA